AUGGCCAGUCUACCUCUGAUAACCCUAACAUUGCUAGCGGUGUUUUUGGGUACGCAAGCCGAUGUCGACUUGGAUUUGAGCAUCAGAGACAGUACGCCAAUUUGCGUGGGAAAAAUUUGCGACAGCUCAUCUGCUUUUCAUUAUUACACGUGUUGUGGCACUGUAAGCAAUUUUAAGUUCAUUCAGGUUUAGAGCCCCUACCCUACUCUACCACCCUAAUCUACUCUACCAUACCCUAUCCUACCCUACCCACCCUACCGUGGCUUACCCUACCAUACUCUAUCCUACCCUACUCCAUCAUACUUUACCCUACUCUCGCUACCUACCCUAUCUGCAUACCCUACCCAAAUUUACAGUACCCUAUCCACAACAGCCUACGAUACCCUAUUUUAACCUUCUUUACUCUACCUUCUUUUACACUGAUUUGCCCUACUUUACCUUCAAAACCCCUGCUCAAUCCAAACUUACCUUGCCAUAAUCUACCACGCCCUGCCACAUUAUAUUCUUUUAUGCCUUGUUCGGCCAUACCCUGUCCUGCACUGCCAACUCUCGUUCUGUCAUGCCUUUUUAUGCCCUAUCCUUCUCUACUCUACCAUAGUUUAUCCUAUCAUACUCUACUCCAGCUAUACCAUGCCCUACCAAGCCUGGUCCUGCAAUGCCUUUAUAUGUCAUACCCUACCUAAACAAACAAAAGUUUCAGCUAAUUACAAAACUUUUUUCAGCUAGCCCAAGACUGCUGUUUCCGAUUCCAAAGCUGGGUGAUCGUAUCACUGAUCGUAUGUGGAAUUCUCUUUGUGGCUAGCAUGUUAAUUGGCCUAGUCAAGUGCAUAUGCUGCUGCGACCGUUAA